GAAUUAAUGAAGCUUUACCGUUUGGAAACUCGUGGAUAUCAAGUAGCCUGAUUUAAACGACGCGUCUCCUUGUCAACCGACGCUCCUUUCAGAGCGCGACGCGUAACGUCACGUUCUGCAGAAGCUAUUAAAGUGAAUGAAGAUGGCGGAGGCCGCUGCUGCUGCUCCACGACAGCGGUUCUUCUGUCACUGCUGUAGAGGAGAAAUCAACCCCAAGCUGCCUGAAUAUGUUUGUCCCAGAUGUGAAUCUGGCUUCAUUGAAGAGGUGUCAGAGAACUCAAAUCUUCUUCGGAGUCAAGAUGGUGCUGCUGCUGCUGCUGCAGGUGAUGACAUGGCUUCACAGUUCGCAGAGCUUUGGCAGCUGCUCUUCAUGGAACAUUCAGCACUCCUCUCCGACCCCACCGUCACAGACUCGCUCCGCAGCCGCUCCGGGGUCGAGGCAGCAGUUGGUGAUCCUGCCCCUGGGACAGCGGGACCUGAAGCGUCCGUGGAGACGCUGUCAGACUGCGCAGAGCCUGCGCUCCUCCCUCAACGAAACAGCCAGCAGCGUAACUCUAGACUGGAUCAGGGACCGGCUGUGGAGGGGAUUGUCCAGCAGUUCCUGGCUGGUCUGUUUUCUAAUUCUGACAGUGCAGGUUCCCAAACCUCAUGGUCUAGCAUGCUGCACUCGAACCCUGGAGAUUAUGCUUGGGGACAAGGAGGUUUAGAUGUGGUCAUCACACAGUUGCUUGGUCAGUCUGAAAAUACUGGCCCCCCUCCUGCUGAGAAGGAGAUGAUCUCAUCUCUCCCCACCGUUAGCAUCUCCUCAGAACAGGCUGCAUGCCGGCUGGAAUGCCCUGUGUGUAGAGAGGAGUACUCUGAAGGAGAAUCUGUCCGACAGCUGCCCUGUCUGCAUUACUUUCACAGCAACUGUAUUGUACCCUGGCUACAACUGCAUGACACCUGCCCUGUCUGCCGGAAAAGUCUGGAUGGUGAAGACCGGGGUUUCCAGCUACAGAGAGGACCUCCACGGGCAAUUCAGUCAGCGACGAAUGUAGAGGAACGUAGCACAUUUGAGACUCUUUAGCCUCCUUUUCCUUCAUUGUUCUGAUCAAUCCAGGACAGAGAGAAGCACCACAGCCCUGUGCAUCAGUGCUUCAUAGAGCCCCUAAAAAGAGUGCCUUCUAUAUCAAAAGACAUUUUAAUUGAGGCUCUUUCAGUCAGUAUCUGUCUGUUUAGCAUUUAUAUCUGUUAAUUGUGUUUUUGCAAAGUACAGUUAUGCCCAAAAUCCUACCAAUGACGUUUACAGUCCAACCUGAACUUACAUAUUUCAACUGACACUGCACACAUGUGAUGCAUUUAAUCAAUUAAAAAAAUUCCAGUUUGGCUCAAACACAGUCUCUUAGGUGGGCCAGGACUGGAGCUCAGGAGUACUAAGAUAGAUGAUACAGAUGUCUCAGGGGAGACAGUUCAAGUUGCAUAUGCAUAUUUAAUGCCACGGCACACGUUUACCCUAUAGCUUCUUCAGAGCUCUAGUUUUAAUACCUCACAAUGAAGUGCACAGUUCACUUUCCCUUACCUGUCAAUGGAUGACAUCUGCUCUGCACAUGCCUUCACUCUUAUGAAGGUAUCAUAGGCAUGCUAAGAUUUAGAUAACUACUCAAGUUUUGCACUGUGAAACCUUUAGUCUGUUGUACUGUACGUUUUGGGUUGAUAGUUUGCACUGGUGUUUUCUGUUUGACGUUGCUAUUUUGUGGGUUCUUGUGGACAGAUAGAAAAAGAAUCAUAUUUAUUGUAUUCAAGUUAUGAAGCUGUUUUAGAUCUCUUCUUGAUCCUCUUGGUGCUUUUUUUUGGUGCUAAUCCUCAGGGAUCCUUGACUGCUCCAUAUUUUAAUAUUGAGACACGGUCCCACUCAUAAUUUCACUUUACAAUAUGGCCUUUUAACAUUUUGAGUGUCAUUUGGAAUUUUAUACCACAUUAUCACACAGAUAAAGGUAAAAUGUUUACGAGAAAAAAAGUGUUACAUUGAAUAACUAGAAAAAGGCACAUAUCUUUACCCAUAGGCCAACCUGUUACAUAUUGCACUCUCAAACAAAUAAAUAAAUAUUUGUUAAGACAAUUUUUCUGAGUUUUAGGCAUCAGAGUAUGUGAACUAUAUGGGGCUUUUGAUGAUGAUGAUAAAAAAACGAGUCAAAACUGUAAUUUCGGUUAACAUUUAUCUUUCGUAAUAUUUAAUUUCAAAAUGACCAAGUACUUUAUUUAAGCCUUGUGUAGGAUUAAACAAGUUAUUUUAUGAUUAAUUACUAUUUAUUCAGCCAGGGGGGAAACAAUUGAUCAAGUGACAGUAAAGAAAUUUAUAGUGUUACAAAAGAUUUCUAUUUCAAAUAAAUGUUGAUCUUUUGAACUUUCUAUUCUUCAAAGAAUCCUAGAAAAAUGUAUCAGUUUCCACAAAAUAAUAAAUCAC